AUUUUGAUUCAUUUCCAUUUUGUUCCUCAGAUUGAUAUACUUGAAGAUCCUGUUAUUAAGAAUGUCAUCGUGCUACAGACAGUCUUACAAGAAGUCAGGAAUCGGAGUGCACCAGUGUACAAGCGAAUCAGGGACAUGAUUCAAAACCCUGAAAAACAUUUCUAUUCUUUCACCAAUGAACAUCAUAGAGAAACAUACAUAGAGCAGGGGAGAGGAGAAUCUUCUAAUGACCGCAAUGACAGAGCCAUUCGGGUAGCAGUUAAAUGGUACAAUGAACACUUGAAGAAAAUAGAGGCUGAGGAGAAAAUUCAAGUUAUCUUUUUAACAAAUGACAGAACUAAUAAAGAGAAAGCUCUAGAGGAGGGAAUAACUGCUUAUACGUGUGAGGAGUAUAUAAAAAGCUUGACAGCUAAUCCUGAUCUCGUAGAUCGUCUUGCUUGUGUAUCUGAUGAAGGGAAAGAAAUAGAAAGUGGAAAAAUAAUUUUCCCAGAACAUAUUCCUCUUAGCAAAUUGCAGCAAGGAAUAAAAUCUGGACUUUACCUCCAAGGAACAUACAGGGCAAGCAGAGAUAAUUAUCUUGAAGCUACUGUUUGGGUUCAUGGGGAUGCUGAAGAAAACAAAGAGAUAAUUAUACAGGGACUGAAACAUUUAAACCGAGCAGUUCAUGAAGAUAUUGUAGCUGUGGAAUUGUUGCCAAAAGAUGAAUGGGUGGCACUGUCUUCAGUGGUCUUGCAAGAUGAUGGCCAGAAUGAGGAUGACAUUGAAAUUGAAGAGGAAAAAGAAAACCUUCUGAAGACUUCUGUUAACAAGGACAUGCUGAGACCUACCGGAAAAGUAGUGGGCAUUAUAAAACGAAACUGGCGACCGUUUUGUGGCAUGCUUUCCAAAUCACAGAUCAAAGAGGCAAGGCGCCAUUUGUUUACACCAGCUGAUCGCAGAAUUCCUCGCAUUCGAAUAGAAACAAGACAAGCAGAUACAUUGGAAGGACAAAGAAUAAUUGUUGCUAUUGAUGGCUGGCCCAGGAAUUCCAGGUAUCCUAAUGGUCACUUUGUAAAGAACUUGGGAAGUGCUGGAGAUAAAGAGACUGAGACAGAAGUUCUUCUACUUGAACAUGAUGUCCCUCAUCAGCCUUUUUCCCAGGUUGUCCUUAGUUUCCUACCAAAAAUGCCAUGGAGCAUUACAGAACAGGAUAUGAAAUACAGGGAGGACUUAAGGCAUCUGUAUGUUUGUAGUGUUGAUCCUCCUGGUUGUACAGAUAUUGAUGAUGCAUUACAUUGUAGAGAAGUAGAAAACGGAAAUAUAGAGGUUGGUGUACAUAUUGCAGAUGUCAGUCAUUUUAUUCGUCCAGGAAAUGCUUUGGAUGAAGAGUCAGUAAGAAGAGGAACAACAGUAUAUCUGUGUGAAAAAAGGAUUGAUAUGGUUCCAGAGUUACUUAGUUCCAAUUUAUGCUCCCUGAGAUCUAAUGUGGACAGACUUGCAUUUUCGUGUAUAUGGGAGAUGAAUCAUAAGGCUGAAAUUCUGAAAACCAGAUUUACAAAGAGUAUUAUUAAUUCCAAGGCUUCUCUUACAUAUGCUGAAGCACAGAUGAGAAUUGAUUCAGCAACUAUGAAUGAUGAGAUCACUACCAGCCUACGUGGACUAAAUAAAUUAGCAAAAAUUCUGAGGAAGAGAAGAAUUGAUAAUGGAGCCUUAACGCUUUCCUCACCAGAAGUUCGUUUCCACAUGGACAGUGAAACUCAUGAUCCUAUUGAUCUGCAGACUAAGGAGCUCAAAGAAACAAAUUCCAUGGUUGAAGAGUUCAUGUUGCUUGCCAAUGUCUCUGUAGCACAAAAAAUUUAUGAAGAGUUCCCAGAGUUUGCCUUGCUCCGGAAACACCCUGCUCCUCCCCCAUCAAAUUAUGACAUCCUAGUGAAGGCUGCAAAGUCCAAGAAUUUGGAAAUUAAGACAGAUUCAGCAAAGGCUUUAGCUGAAUCAUUAGACAAAGCCGGCUCUUCUACGUUCCCCUAUCUAAAUACACUGUUGCGAAUUUUGGCCACUCGCUGCAUGAUGCAAGCUGUCUAUUUCUGCUCUGGAAUGGAUAAUGAUUUUCAUCACUAUGGUUUAGCAUCACCUAUUUAUACCCACUUUACCUCACCUAUUAGAAGGUAUGCUGACAUUAUAGUACAUCGACUUUUGGCAGUGGCCAUCGGAGCAGACAGUACUUACCCAGAACUUACAGAUAAACAUAAACUAGCAGAUAUGUGUAAAAAUCUCAAUUACCGACAUAAAAUGGCUCAGUACGCACAAAGAGCAUCUGUUGCAUUCCAUACACAGCUGUUCUUCAAAAACAAAGGAGUAGUCAAUGAAGAUGCAUAUAUAUUAUUUGUAAGAAAAAAUGCAGUUGUGGUUCUAAUUCCCAAGUAUGGGUUAGAAGGAACAGUCUUCUUCGAAGAAAAAGGUAAACCAACACCAAGACUGGAUUACAACAAUGAGGUACCAUCACUUACUGUGGAAGACACAACAUUACAUGUAUUUGAUAAAGUUAAAGUGAACAUUAUGUUAGAUGCUUCCAACAUCCAACAUCAGAAAAUUCGGAUGGUAUUGGUAGAACCAAAGCUACUGGAAAAUGAUGUGCCUGCAAACCUGUCUACAGCGAUAAGCAGCAAGAACGAACCACAGAAGAAGAAAAAGAAGCUGUGAAAAUAGCUGAAUAAUAGGAAGUCACACAUGAAUUAUUUGUGUUUAGGUAUUUUUUCCCUAGGGGCAAAAUGCUAGAAACAGUGUUUUUACUUUUAAAUACACAUUUUAAUAAUUUGUAAAACAGGCUUUUUUAAAAAUAAAUUUAUAUGUAUGCAGGAGAAAAGAGUUUUAAAAUAAAGUAUCUCUACAGUUUCAUCUUGUGGGUGAAAAUAGUUUGUUGGGGUUUUUUUGAAUAGCUUUAAGUCUAUGCAAGAGCUUGGCAAAAGUCAGUCCUUUCAGUACUGCAGAACUGAACGAAGUAGUUGUGCUAGUUAGGGGUCUUAUGUGCUAACAAUUUACUCUUGAAACCUAAAUUCCACAGACUGAAACUUUCUUCUGGGAAAACUUUCUUUCAGACCAGAUUCCCUGUGUAUAUAUGCACACAUUAUAGAGGUGGAGAGAGAAACCAUACCACAGAAGUGCAUUUGUCUUGGCCCUUUAGGCAAUUUAAAAUCAUUGCUUAGCCUCUGAUCAACUGCCUUAAAAGUGAAUGGAAACCAUCAGUUUUAUUUGUAUUAAUUACACACAUAAAAAUUUACAAGUAGCAAGAAGUUUUGCAGUGAUCAUUCCAGCUUGUAGUGCCAGGAUGCUGCUGAGUUGGAAUUCUCAAAAAAGCCUCAAGUGUUUUGUCUCUUGAACUGCAUUGUUACAGUCAAGCUCCAUCACCUGACUGUUGCCAUAAAACAUAUUUUAAGUGCUGUCAGGACUGAAGUAAUUUUAAGUGUGCUCCUAGACUCAGUGCUGAACUCCCACCACAGGGACUUGGAGGUGGUUGCUACUCAAUUCUGUCAAGUUCACUUCAGUAAAACUAUCCUCUCAAGUGCUGGGACUUAGAGUAGUUUCUAGAGACCAGUUCCAUUGGUGCCAAUUUCUAGCUCUUGAAGCCAAGAAACUGCAAUCCCACAUACUAGAGGUGUGUCUCCGAUCCUUCUUUGAAGUUACAGCUCACAAAAUUCUACACUAGUCACUUCUCAGUGGUUUCCUUAGGUAAUCAGUGGGUCGCAGUUGAUCAACACAUGGUUGUCACUUGGUCAUACUGACUCAGGUCCCUGUCUGCUGUUAAUGUAAAGGAUUUGAUCAGAUUUAUAAAGUACAUACAAUAAAAAGCAAAGGGAGACAUGUUUAACCAACUGUAAUAGAAAACUCCACCCCAUACAUUUGAAUCCUGUCAUCACUAUUCUAAAAGGCUUUGGAAACUUUAACAAUACA